AUGAGCACCCAUUUUGCCAGAAGCAUUCACGCUGUGCUCGGCGUGGCCCGCGAUGCUCCUCUUGAGAUCAAGCGGGCCUAUCGACGAAACGUCCUCGAACUGUACCCCGACAAGAAUCCGGGCGACGCAGUUGCUGCAACCGUGCGGUUCCAGCAGCUGCAGGCUGCGUACGAGUCGCUCUGCCGCCAGGAGGAGGCCGGCGGGGAACCACAGGAAAGGCAGGAAAGGAAGGAGGGGGAGAGGAAGCGAAAGAAGCAAAGGAAGGAAAAGGCAUGGAAGGAAGAGGAUGGAAGCCAGCGGCGGCGUAGAGAAGAGGACCGGUGGCGGGAAAAGGACGAUGAACGAAGGAAGAAGAGGCAAAGAAAGAAGCAGAACAUUAAAGCAUCGGAGGAAGAGGAGCAGGAGCAGAAAAAAAGAGAAUAA